AGCAGUUGUAGUCCUGUGAUGUAAACACUGUAGUCCAACAUGACGCUUCCAUGAGAGCAGCGCACAUUACACCAUGGUUUUCGAGAGCGUGGUGGUCGACGUCCUCAACAGGUUCCUGGGGGAUUACGUGGUGAACCUCGACUCGUCACAGCUGCAGCUCGGCAUCUGGGGAGGUGAUGCCAUUCUUAAAAAUCUUGAAAUCAAGGAAAAUGCUCUGAGUCAGCUUGACAUUCCCUUUAAAGUAAAAGCUGGGCACAUAGGACGUUUGGAGCUUAAAAUUCCCUGGAAGAAUCUUUACACACAGUCGGUGGAAGCUACACUCGAUGGGGUCUACCUCCUCAUAGUCCCCACAGCAAGUAUAAAAUAUGACGCGGAGAAGGAGGAAAAGCAGUUCUUGGAGGCUCGACAGAGGGAGCUGCAGAGGAUAGAGGAGACCAAACUCAAGGCAGCUGAGCAAGAAAACCCUGGUCUGGAGAAGCAGGACACGUUUGUGGAGAAGCUGGUGACUCAGGUCAUCAAGAACCUUCAGGUGAAGAUCUCCAACAUCCACGUCCGAUAUGAAGACGAUGUCACAAACCCAAACUGCCCUCUGUCGUUUGGAGUUUCACUGGAAAACCUCAGUCUCCAAACUGCGGAUCAAAACUGGAGACCUACUCUCCUGGACGAGAAGGCCAAGCUGUUCUUCAAGUUGGUUAAACUCGAUAACCUGUUUGCCUACUGGAACGUCAACUCUGUGCUUUUCUCCAGUCACCAGUCAGAGGAGGCCUUGAAAUGUCUAAAGAGCAGCAUGAAAAGUAACAACAAUUAUCCAGUCACCCAUGAGUUCAUUUUCCGUCCGAUCUCAGCCGACGCCAAACUGAAGAUGAACCCCCGGUCUGACGUGGACUUCUCGUCUCCUAAAGUCGACCUCAUGGUGAAUCUGAGCGAAGUGGCCAUUGAACUGAACAGGCCGCAGUACAUCAGCAUCCUGGAGCUGCUCGGCUCAGUGGAUAUGAUGUCCAGAAAUCUGCCGUACAGGAAGUACAGGCCGAACGUCCCAGUCCAUCGAAACAGCAAAAUCUGGUGGAAGUACAUGAUAACGAGUGUUCUGGAGGUGGACGUGAAGCCCCGCCUCCACAUGUGGUCCUGGACUCGGAUUCGUCAGCACCGUCAGGCGGUGAAAAAGUACAAAGAGGAGUACAAAACCAAGAUCACGUCCAAGAAACCCAGCGAGGAGCUUCUGCGCAGACUACAGGAGCCGGAGAAGACGCUGGAUAUUUUUAACAUCACAUUAGCCCGACAGCAGGCCGAGGUGGAGGCGAGUAAAGCAGGCCUGAAGAUCUACCGCCCGGGGCUGAAGAUGGAGGAGGAGGAGUCUCAGGGCUGGUUCGGUUGGAUGUGGAACUGGGGCGGACAGGGCGAGACCGAAGUCAAAGAGACCAAGGGCGGAGGAGGUUUUGACGAGCUGCUGACCCCCGCUGAAAAGGCCAAACUCUACACGGCGAUCGGUUACAGCGAGACGGCGGCCAACCCGAACCUGCCCAAAGACUUCGAGGACAUGAAGGUGAACUUCCACAUGGAGAAACUGUCCGUGUCCAUCAAACACGCCAAAGACAGGAACGAGAUCAUCCGUCUGACAGUGGGAGAGCUGCAGUCCAUGCUCACACAGAGACCGGGCGCACAGGCUCUCAAAGUGACUGCUCAGCUGACUCUGUUCGAGGUCACGGGCCUGGCCAAUCAGCACCCGGCUCCCACGCUGCUGUCGUCGAGGAAGGCGGCGACGGGGGCGGGGACUCCUCUGCUCUGCAUCCUGUUUGAGACCAACCCCCUGGACGAGAGCGCCAACCAGAGGCUCCACGUCACGUCACAGCCUCUCGAGAUCAUCUACGACUCUACCACAGUGAACGGGAUGGCUGCGUUCUUCAGACCUCCAGACGACCUGGAGCUGGACGAACUCACCAACGCCACUCUGAUGAAGCUGGAGCAGUUCAGGGACCGCACAGCCACCGGUCUGAUGUACGUGAUCGAGACUCAGAAAACCCUGGACCUGAAGGUGAACCUCAUGGCCUCUUACGUCAUCAUCCCUCAGACCGGUUACUAUGACAACACCCAGAACAUCCUGCUGCUCGACCUGGGACACUUCAAGAUGUCGAGCCAGAGCAGAAAGCACCUGCCGCAGCUGUCCGUCACCUGCAGUAACAUCGAAGACAUCAUGUCCAGAGCCUACGACAGCUUCGACAUCCAGCUCAGCAGCCUGCAGUUCCUCUACAGCAAACCAGAUGGAGAUUGGAAAAUGGCGCGUAAACAGAGAGAGUCUCCUCUGCACAUCCUGGAGCCGGUGGAUCUGAAGGUGGUGUUUAGUCGUGCCAUGGUCGUCAAAGACUCCCGCAUGGCCAAGUAUAAGCUGUCUGGAGAGCUCCCGCGUCUGUCUCUGCGUAUUUCUGAUAACAAACUGCGCAGUGUCCUGGAGCUGGUGGACAGUAUUCCUCUGCCUGAGAGCCGGCCCCCCGCUCGCUCCAACCCUCACCAGGGCUCCAUCAAGCCCAGGAGCUUCACUCCUCAGCUCACACACAGACGCCCCCUGAGCCUGGGAGACCAGCGCUCCUCUUUCAUCUUCGAGUCCUGCGAAACCAUCACCAGCCUCACCUCAAUGGGCUCAGAGGAGGAACUGUUCUACGACGCUCCCACUUCUCCUCUGGACGAUAAACCCUUUUUCCCUGAUGAUCCCAGACCUCUGCGCACCAUCAGCAAGAGAACAAGCCUGCAGGACGACGCCAAGAAGAACAUGACCGACCUCGUACUCAACUUCGAAAUAGACAAGUUCUCGGUGGAGCUGUGUCGCCUCUCGGAGGCCGUGGAGAUCACUGUUCUGCUGCUGGAGAUCGAGGGUCUGGGCACAGAACUGAAGCUCAGAACCUUUGACAUGACGUCCAACACCUACCUGAAGGAGAUCUGCCUCAAGUGCCCCGAGUACAUGGAUUCUGAGGCCAAAGAGGUUCAGCUCAUCACCACACGAGACAACUGUGAAGAGGACCUGCUCACGCUGGAGUACAUCAAGGCAGAUAAAAACGGCCCUGAGUUCAAGUCUCUGCACAGCAACACGGAGCAGCUGACCAAGGUGACCUUCUCCUCUCUGGACGUCCACCUCCACACAGAGGCUCUUCUGAACACCAUGAACUUCCUGGACAAUCUUCUGCCAAAAAAGACGUCCAGCCCGAAGGAGGUGGGCCCAGAGGAGCUGCCCACCAUCCCAGAGGAAGAUGAAGGCGACGGCGAGAAGGAGGAAGAGAAGAAGGAGGAGACCGCGCUCGUCAGGAGACCAAGUGUUAAAAGCUCAAAGUUUGCAGACAUAGUGAACAUGCACAUCAGAGCUGAUCUCCGCUGCCUCAAAAUCUUCAUCCGAGGACAGAAAGCCAGAAUCUCAGAAAUCAGCAUCGAAGGUCUGGUCUCUGAGGUUCUCAUGAGGAAAAAAGAGAUGGAGAUUCUGGCUCAUUUGAAGAACAUCAUCAUUCUUGACUGUGACAAAGACGCCCUGUACAAAAAGGCUGUGUCCAUUGCUGAUAAGGAGGUGUUUGACUUCCGCAUGGUGAACUACACCUGUGCCACUCAAGGAGACGCGUACCUGGACAUGUCUAAAGUGGACACAUCUGUCACUCUGAAUGUGGGCUGCAUCCAGGUUGUCUUCCUCAACAAGUUCCUCUCCUCCAUACUGGCGUUCAUUAAUAACUUCCAGGAGGCGAAGGCGGCCCUGGCAGAGGUGACGGUUCAGGCUGCAGAAAAGGCAGCGUCUGGGGUGAAGGAGCUGGCCGAGAGGAGCUCCCGGAUCUCUCUAAGUGUGCACUUUAACGCUCCCGUCAUCUUCCUCCCUCAGUCCUCCUCUUCCUCAAACGUCAUCGUAGCAGAUCUGGGCCGACUCUCCGUCAAGAACCGCUUCGUCACAAAGCCAUUCAAGUCCGACGCCAAGAUCCCCCCGGUGGUCGAUAUCAUAAAAGUCAAACUGACCGACCUCAGGAUGUACAGAACCACGUACAAAAACGAUAAGUUCCAGGGGGAGACUCAGCUCUUGAUGCCCGUGAGUCUGGACCUGGAGGUUCUGAGAAACCUGUCGUCAAACUGGUACCACAACAUCCCCGACAUCGAGAUCAUCGCACACCUCAAACCCAUGAACCUGAUCUUGAGCCAGGACGACCUCACUGUGGUGCUCAGGACUUUGAGUGAAAACCUGUCUGAGAAUUCCGAGCUCGGUGGCCCCUCGGAGCCUCCACCCUCCUCUGACCCCGGUGACCCCGGUGACUCUUCCGACCCCUCCUCUGACGCCUCCACCCGCGGCUCAGGCACCUCUCCACCCAGCCGAAAUAACACAGUGGUGACUUCUGCUGUGGUCGAGUCUCAGAAAAACACCAAACCCAAGACGUCUCUGAAGUUAGACUUUAAGUUUGACUCCAUGACCCUGGUCCUGUUCACUCCAAAUGGAAAUGAGGCGCAGUUGUUGGACUCUCACGAUGAGCAGCUCAAACUGGCUGAGUUCACUCUGGGCACCAUCUCCACCUCGUUCCACAUGUUCUCAGACAGCUCCAUGAGGGCCCUGGUGCAGCUGGCGGCCUGUUUCCUCGACGACAAGAGACCCAAAAUCAAGAUGGUCACGUCCAGAAUGAUGGCGCUGCGUCCGGGAGCAGAGCAGAACAUGAUGGUGGAGGUGAAGUAUCGUCAGGGCAGAGAGGGCACAGUCCUGGACACGUUGGUGCAGGACAUUUACCUCUGCGCCAGCAUGGAGUUCCUGCUGACGGUGGCCAACAUCUUCCUGACGGCCUCACAGCAGGGCUUCGGUCAGGCUCCUCAGAACAAGAGCAACGCCGGAGCAGAGAAGAAGAACCCCUCCUCUGUGGCGUCCAGAGAGUCCACCUCGACUCCUCCCCCUGCGUCUAAGGAGAUUCACGUUGUGGUGAGAAAUCCUGAGAUCGUGUUCGUGGCCGACCUGAGCCGCGGCGAUGCCCCCGCCCUCGUCAUGACGACGCAGUGCGAGCUCAUGAUGAAGAGCGGUGCCAACGGGUCACAGACAACCGCCGGGAUCAACGACCUCAAGGUGGUGGCGUGCCCGUUCCUCAGAGAAAAGAGGAAAAACAAUGUGACUACGGUCCUGCAGCCCUGUAAGGUGUUCCUCCUGUCCUCCGAGACGCCUCACACGCCUCAGGUCAAUGAGAUCACCAUCAACUCCCUCACGCUCAAGGUCUCUCCCAUCAUCAUAAACACAGUAAUCACCAUCCAGUCUGCCCUGAGCCCGACCCCAGAGACCCCCGAGGAGCAGGACAGCCCCGUGCCCGUCGACCUGUGGGAGCGCCGCAGCUGGAGGGACCUCAAACUCUGGUUCCUGGAAGAAGAAAGCGACGAGGACCAACAACAGCAGGCUCCACUCAUCCCGUCUGGAGAGUCUCUACAGAUGAGCAUUAAGUCGAUCUGUCUGACCCUGGAGGCCGGUGUGGGACACAGGACGGUGCCCAUGCUCCUCGCCAAGUCCUCUUUCCACGGAGACGUCACCAACUGGUCCACCCUCAUCAACCUGCACAGCGCCCUCAGUCUGGAGGUUCACUAUUAUAAUGAGAUGUUGGGCGUGUGGGAGCCUCUGGUGGAGCCUUUGGAAGAUGAGAAGAAAGAAGGGUUUAAGCCCUGGACACUGGAGCUCAGGAUGAAGAAGAAGCCGGUGAAGUACUCGGGGAUGUCUGAUGAGGUGGAUUACAUCGUCCCUGAUUAUAAAACCGUCAUCGUGGUCAGCAGCAAAGACCAGCUCAACAUCACAGUGUCCAAGUGUGGGCUCGCCAUGCUGAGCAACCUGGGCACGGCGUUUGCAGAGGCAGCUAAGCAGACGGCCGAGUGCUUUCAGAAGGAUGAGGCUCCGUUUGUGGUAAAGAAUCGUCUGGGGCUCCCUGUGUCUGUGCGCUACAGCGAGAUGUUCAACCCCAUCGGCCUGGAGGCCCCCACCCGCACUGUGGAGCUGCAGGACGGAGGAACUCUGGGCAUGGACUACUUUGUGACCACCGACUCAGACCAGUUCUCUGCUAUGAUCUCUCUGAGCGGCAAGGACUACUACAUACAGCCCACUCCCGUGGGCCACACCCCCACCAGUGUGAUCCCUCUGAUUAAAGUGGGCCGGGGCAUGUACAGUGUGGUCCACAGAGACUCAGGAGUCACGCGCUUCCUCGUCUGUCAGAUCUACUCUGUGGAAGGAAGCAAGUACGUCAAGAUCCGCUCCCCUUUCCAGAUCAUAAAUCACUUCUCAAUCCCGUUUAAAGUUUUUGAAGGAACAACGUUUCUCGGGACAGCGCUCCCCACAGAGGAGUUCUGUGUGCCCCUGGACUCAUAUCGGUCAGAGUUGUGUCUGCAGCCGGUGACAGGGGAAGAGGAGGAGGAGGAGGCAGAGUUCUGCUGCUCAGAGGGCUUCAGUUAUGAGGACCUGAGUAACCAGGCUCCAGAGCAGAGGAUCCAGCAGACGUGUAAACACCGCUUCACCCAGAGCCAGGUGCUGACGGUCAACAUGGUCCCUCAGAAGGACACGGUCUCCUUUACUCACACUGGAGGAGCUGGGGAGAACUUCGACGUGCCCUUUGUGCUCCACCUGUGGCCCUCCAUCCUCCUGAGGAACCUGCUGCCCUACCCCAUCACAUACAGACUCAAGGACAGUGGAGAGGCGUCCCCUGCUGCCACCCUGGAGCCAGGACACUCUGCUCAGCUCCACACGGCCGUCAUCGACCAGUCCAGUCUGGACCUGUGCCUCAUCGACUACCUGGCCCAGGACUGGGCCUCGGAGUACAGCCUCUGCAGUGACCAGGAGGAAAUCACAUUUGUGGUGUUUAAGUCUCUGCGUGAGGAGGAGGACGUGAGUGACGGAACAGAGAUGAAGAGGGCGGAGCUCGACAUCGCGGUGCACGUGAGUUGCGACCAGGGCCAGACCGUGGUGGCUAUUCACUCCCCCUACUGGAUGAUCAACAAAACAGGACGUCUGCUGCAGUACAAGGCCGAUGACAUCCACCGCAAACACCCCAUGGACUACGACAUGCCCCUCCUCUUCUCCUUCAAACCCAGAUACUUCUUCAGGAACAACAAGGUUCGUCUGAUGAUCUCGGACAGUGAACUCUCUGAUGAUUUUUCCCUGGACACAGUCGGUAGCCACGGAGAAGUCAAGUGUAAAGGACGCUACAAAGACUAUCUGGUGGGAGUGAAGAUCGAUGCCACCAGUUUCAGCCUGACCCGGAUCGUGACCUUUGUGCCCUUUUACACUCUGGUGAACAGAACCAAGCACAGUGUGUUUAUCUGUGAGGAGGGACUGGACAACUGGACCGAAGCUCAGCCCGGACAGUCUGCAGUUCCUUUCUGGCCCGAAAACGACACAAAGAAGCUGAAGAUCAAAGUGGAGGGUCUGUCUCCUCCUCAGAUCAUCGACUUCACACGACCAGAGAACUGCCUCCUGCUGCACCUCGACAACUCCGUGGGCGGGAUCAUCGUGGACGUGAACCUGUCAGAACACUCGGCCACUAUCCGCUUCUCCGACUACCACGACGGGGCCGCGCCGUUCCUCAUCAUUAACCACACCAAGAAUCAGACUCUGCUUUUCCAUCAGAGUUCUCAGGGGGAGGCGGAGCAGGAGGAGCUGGAGCCAGGGAAAGCCGUGUACUACACCUGGACGGAGCCCACCGGGUCCAGGGAACUGUGCUGGAAGUGUGGCAACUACAGCGGCAAACUGGAGUGUGUCAAGGACCAUAACGAGGACAUGAACAAAGACGGGAAGCUCUAUGUGGUCUCGUUUUAUGAAGGCCUGCAGAGGGUGGUGCUGUUCACAGAGGAGAAGUCCAUCUUCCAGCUGCUGUCGGAGAGUGAGAAGGCCCAGCUGGCCGAACAGGAGAUAAUUCUGUCUCUACAGAGUGUGGGCAUGUCCCUCGUCAACAACUCCACAGGACAAGAGGUUUCCUUCAUCGGAAUCACAAGCUCUGACGUGGUCUGGGAGCACAAGCCCAAAAAGAAGAAGGAUCGUUGGAAAACUCUGAGCAUCAAAGAAGCAGACAUCCUGGAGAGCAGUUAUCAGACUUACCUCUCCACAGAGCCGGUGGACAACGGCAUCGUCGACCUGGAGAACAACUUCCAGGUCUGCUUCACUCCUAACGGCACAGACAUGAGGAUGCUGCAGCCCACGGACGCCCCCUUGAGGAGGCACUUCCUCCCUGGAGUGAAGGUCGAGUACAGCGUGUCACCGCGACAGAAGUCUUACCGCAUCCAGAUCCACCGCAUACAGAUCCAGAACCAGCUGCCAGGAGCCAUCUUCCCUUAUGUGUUCUACCCCGUCAAACUGCCCAAGUCCAUCGUCAUGGAGGCAGAACCGAAGCCUUUGACUGACAUCAGCAUCGUGACCAGAACAGCCGGACACUCCGAUAUCUCCAGAAUCAAGUAUUUCGUGGUGUUGAUUCAGGAGAUGGAUCUAAAGGUGGACUUGGGUUUCUUGUACGCGAUCUUAGACCUGUUCACUCCAGAGAACGCCAGCGCCGUCACCACGGAGCAGGAGGUGGAGCUGUUUGAGAAGGACAUAGAGUACAUCAAGGCCGAGCUGAACAACGGCUCUGCUGCGGAUAACUCUCCCAUCAGUCUGUUCGAGUUCUUCCACAUCUCUCCCAUCAAGAUGCACCUGAGCUUCUCCCUGAGCACGGGAGGAGAGGACGGUCUGAAGGAGAAGAGGGACAAAGAGCUGAUCCCUGUGCAGAGUCUGAACCUGCUGCUCAAGAGUAUCGGAGCCACACUCACCGAUGUGCAGGACGUGGUCUUCAAACUGGCCUUUUUCGAGCUGAAGUUCAUGUUCUGCACCACACAGCAGCUGCAGUGGGAGGUCAUCCGGCACUACUCUAAACAGGCGAUAAAGCAGAUGUACGUGCUGGUGCUGGGGCUGGACGUCCUGGGGAAUCCUUUUGGUUUGAUCCGAGGUCUGUCUGAGGGAGUGGAGGCCUUUUUCUAUGAGCCCUGGCAGGGGGCGAUUCAGGGGCCGGAGGAGUUUGUGGAGGGCAUGGCUCUGGGGGUCAAGGCUCUGGUGGGAGGAGCUGUCGGGGGCAUCGCCGGCGCCGCGUCCAGGAUCACGGGGGCCAUGGCCAAAGGCGUGGCGGCCAUCACCAUGGACGAGGAGUACCAGCAGAAGAGACGAGAGGCCAUGAACAAGCAGCCCAGCGGUCUGAGGGAGGGGCUGGCCCGAGGAGGCAAAGGGCUCGUCUCUGGUUUUGUGAGUGGAAUCACAGGAAUCGUCACUAAACCCAUCAAAGGCGCUCAGAAGGAGGGGGCGGCCGGCUUCUUUAAGGGCGUGGGGAAAGGGCUGGUGGGAGCUGUGGCCCGACCCACCGGAGGCAUCAUCGACAUGGCCUCCAGCACCUUCCAGGGCAUCAAGAGAGCCGCGGAGACGUCUCAGGACAUCGAGUCUCUGCGUCCCCCGCGCUUCAUCCACGAGGACGGAGUCAUACGCCCAUAUAAGGAGAGGGAGGGGCUGGGCAGUCAGAUGCUCCAGAAAAUUGAGAACGGGCGCUUUGCCAAGUACAGGUAUUUCGCCCACGCCAAGGUCAAUGACUCAGACUUCCUCAUGAUCACAAAGAGGGGUAUCUUCUUCGUGACUAAGGGCACGUUCGGACAGCUGACGUGCGAGUGGCAGUAUCUGUUUGAAGAGUUCACCAAAGACCCGAUGAUCGUGGAGGAUCGCAGACUGCGCAUCGAAGCCAAGGAGAGAGUCAAGUCUGUGUUUCACGCCAAGGAGUUUGGGAAGAUCAUCAACUUCAAGACUCCAGAGAUCGCCAAGUGGGUUCUUGCCAAACUGGAGGACGCCAGAGAAAGUUUACCUAAAUACUGACCCGUAAGCGGCCGACUCCGACUUCUCAGUGCCUUCGCCUCCUGUAGCGCCACCCGGAGGACCGUGGAGGGAACACGUGUGCAUGCCUGACUACUAAGUGCUUUACGUCAACGAAUAUUUACAUUACAAACCCCGUUAUGUGUGUGCGCCGUAAGUUUUAGGUAUGUCCUAGUUUACACUCUGCUGAUGCUGCUACGAAUACUAUUUUAUUCAAUUAUAAGAAAGAAUUUUAUUUACUCUCCUUUAUGUGUAAAGGCGCUGUACCUUAUUUUUACUGAAAAACAGAACUAGUUCAUUUUAAACAAAGUUCUUCCUCACUCACCUUUAUGCAUUUAGAACUUUCUGUUUACUCACAACAAAGUGUUUAGAAUCUGUGUAACAUCCGUUCAUUUGUGUUUUAAAAUAAAACCAAAUAUAAGAAAAUGAAAAAACAA